AAUGCGCGGCGCCGUAGGACGGACCGGAUAACGGGAACCGAGAAGGGGGGACAGGAGCGGAGCGCGUCAGUCUGACACACUGCUAUUGUAUAACACGGGCCUUCGCCUCUUUUCCAGAGAGAGAGAGAGUGAGGGGGGAGCGGCUGUAUCCUCCCCCGUUUCUUGUUUGGAGGUAAAGGGACGCAGACGGGAGCGGAGCGGCGGAGGACCUGCACAUGUCGGCUCGGUGCGGCCCAUGUGAGGGUCGACAGAGGAUGCGUUAAAAACGAGGAGGACGACAGUGAUGCGGCAGCCGAGGUGGGCCCAGACUGAUGAUUUCAUAUCAACAUCCACCAAGAGGCUGUAAACUGACCUGGAGUCUGCUGCUUUGUUUUUUUCAUGUGGAUAAACAGCAGGAGGUCAAUCGGUGAUUAUUGAUUAUUCUUUUUUUUCUGUUUUCACAUCAGGAUCAGAAACACAUCCUGAUUCCGGCCCAUGACUCGUGUGUGUGUGUGUGACGCCAAUACAGCAGCACAGAGGUGUGUGUGUCUGUGAGUGUGUGUGUGUGUGAGUGUGUGUGUGUGUGUGUGUGUGUGUGUGUGUGAAGAGACGCGCCUGCAUGUCUGAGCAUCAUCUGGAGGCUGUGCAGGCUGCUCCUCCACGGGGAUGACACACACGCGAUUUUCCAUCCGUGCGUAAAGACGAAGAAGAGGAAGAGCCAGAGAUGCUGCUGCUGCUGCUGACAUUUCCAGUCCGGCUCUGAUAUCCACACCGAGGCAUCCAGAAAAGAAAUCCACCUCUCCUCCGCCUCUGCACCUCUCCCCCCUUCCUCUCCUCCCCUUUACUUCUCACCCCCUUCCUCCCCUCCUCCCCCCUCCCUCCCGGAGCGUCUGUAACAUUCUGAUCAAUUGAUAAUCCAUCAGUGAUUCAGAGAGCCUAUACACACUCCUCCAUCCUCCCCUCACUUCACCCUGCUGUAUACAUCCUCUCCAACGCCUCUUUUUACGCGCCCGCACGCGUAAAGGCGCACCGCCGCCAUCUACAGCCGUCCACAGCCACAAUGGAGACGACCAAGCUGCCCCCGUCCAGCCCGUCCUCGCCGACCACCAGCUUCUCGGUGCCCUCCGCGGAGAAGGUGGACGGCUUCCCGCGCCGGUCCAUGCGCAGGGCCCGGCAGAGGAGGUCCCACAGCUCGUCCCAGUUCCGCUACCAGAGCUCCCAGGUGGAGCUCACCCCGCUGCCCCUGCUCAAAGACGCCCCGGUGGCAGAGCUACACGACCUGUUCUGCAAGAAGCUGCAGCAGUGCUGUGUGCUGUUUGACUUCCUGGACUGCGUUGCUGACCUGAAGGGGAAGGAGAUCAAACGUGCAGCGCUCAAUGAGCUGGUGGAGAGUGUGGCCACCAGCAGAGGCGUCCUCAUAGAGCCUCUCUACCCAGAGGCCAUAAAGAUGAUCUCGGUAAAUAUCUUCCGGACUCUCCCACCCAGCGAGAAUCCAGAGUUUGACCCUGAAGAAGAUGAGCCGACACUGGAAGCUUCCUGGCCUCAUCUGCAGCUGGUGUACGAGUUCUUUCUGCGUUUCCUGGAGAGCCCGGACUUCCAGCCCUCCAUGGCCAAACGCUAUGUCGACCAGAAGUUUGUCUUGCAGCUCCUGGAGCUGUUUGACAGCGAGGACCCCAGGGAGCGGGAGUACCUUAAGACCAUCCUGCACCGUGUCUAUGGAAAACUACUGGGCCUCCGAGCCUACAUCCGCAAACAAAUCAACAACAUCUUCCUCAGGUUCAUAUAUGAAACUGAGCACUUCAACGGAGUCGCAGAGCUGCUGGAAAUCCUCGGCAGCAUCAUCAAUGGCUUCGCCCUGCCUCUGAAGGCCGAACAUAAGCAGUUCCUGGUCCGGGUCCUCAUCCCACUGCACACGGCAAAGUCCCUUUCUAUCUUCCAUGCACAGCUGGCCUACUGUGUGGUGCAGUUUAUGGAGAAAGAUGCUACAGUCACUGAAUAUAUCAUCAGAGGGCUGCUCAAGUACUGGCCCAAAACCUGCACGCAGAAAGAGGUGAUGUUCCUGGGGGAGAUCGAGGAGAUCCUGGAUGUGAUCGAGCCGUCUCAGUUCAUCAGGGUCCAGGAGCCGCUCUUUAAGCAGAUUGCAGCCUGUAUCUCCAGCCCUCACUUCCAGGUAGCGGAGCGAGCCCUUUACUUCUGGAACAACGAAUACAUCCUCAGUCUGAUAGAGGAGAACUGUCAAGUCAUCCUGCCGCUGGUGUUCGCCACCCUCUACAGAGUGUCCAAGGAGCACUGGAACCAGACCAUCGUGUCUCUGAUCUACAACGUGCUGAAGACCUUCAUGGAGAUGAACAGCAAGCUGUUUGAUGACCUCACUGCCUCCUACAAAGUGGAGAAACAGAAGGAGCUGAAGCGAGAGAGGGAACGCACCGAGCUCUGGCGAGACCUGGAGGAGCAACAGGAGCGCCGCAUGCAGAUGCUCACCGAGGCCGCCCGGAACCAGCGUAACCUCCAGGAGCGGGGCGAGAGAGGGGACCCGCCGACCCCGUCGUCCCCGCAGACGGCCCACUGCGACCAGCCCGAGCCUAAACCCAGCGGGGCCUCCUCUGGAGCCGGGGAAAGCGCCACCUAGGUGCUGCUCUACGGGGAUUGCGUAACACAGGGGUCAGGGGGGACAGGGAGAAGAUGUGAAGUUGAUGGUGUUUAGUGAUGGGGGACAGAGAAAGGUACAAAACAAAUCCUCUCUUUUUCUAUCUUGCAUCAUCGAGUGCACAAACUCAGUGAUCCAAGGUUAAAAAAAAAAGUAAGACGUACCUUUCUCCGGACAGAGUUGUGUGAAACUGGUUCACUUUUUGCUGUACACACAUUAUGUUGCAGAUCAGAAGAUGAAUACCGUCCAAAAGUGCAGACCGUCAUUUAAAAGUAACGGCUGGUUUAUUCAACUGCAGGUCGGUGCCUAAAACGGUAAACUCUGGCCUGCUUCAAAACCUGCCUCGAAACAAGGGAUGAAAUUUCUCUUUUGGUGCAAAACUAACCGACUUCAACACGCAUCUAACUUGUCCCAACAUUUAACCAACCGAGUCUGUACUGUGGCCUCGUAUUUAUCUUUUGCUCACAGAUGCUUAUUUCAUGCGUGGAUAGCACAAUACAUUAAUACACAAAAGAAGCAAUUUCACACAAAGGUCCCAAAACUGUUGCCGCGCAGACCAGACACACACAUACACACUCAGACACACAUAGCAGACAGAUACUUGCUGUAAAUAUGAAAGAGCUACAGAGUGUAUCCAGGUCAAACAAAUCUCACACACAAAUUGGUUCACGCACCAAAAUAUCUCACACAAACACACACAAUACAUGUUGACUCAACUGCUGGUUCUGACGCUAACUCCGCUCCCGUUCUGUCGGGUCCCACGAAAAGGUCCAACCGAUGAAGAUGAUGAUGAUAAUGAUAUAAAGUACAAUAAUGUUCCUUCUUCUUACUUGUUACUCUACUACUACUACUCUACUCUACUCUAAGUACUACUGAUGAUGAUGAUAAUGUUUUUAUAUAUAUACAUAUGUCUCUGGAUAUUUCUGUAGUGUAUUAAGGGAGAAACACUAGUGUAGCAGAUACCACGAAGGGGGAAGGCCGGCUCGAAGUCUGAUCUCACGUCACAUGUUAAAUGUACGAGGCCAUAAUGUGAGCGCUGAAAUUCAGUGGCCUUCCCCUUUAACAGACCUUAAAGAGGCGACUGGAUUUGUGGUGGCUGCUUUUCUUUUAUUUUGAAAUGUUCGAUGUCGGUGGUGGUGGAUGACCUGCGUAAAAAAUCCCCCCAAAAUUCCAAGUUUGAAGGUCAAUACUAUACAUUUUUCAAAGCGGUUUUCUUGCCAACAAAGGGAAUCUUUUAAUUCACCAAAUCACAUUGUGAGGCCUUGCAAAGCCGAUUUAAAAAAAAUUAUUUCAUUUUAAUUCUUGCUUUCUCCACACGGGGGCAGUGUUUGUUAUUGUCCUCCUGCAGAUCAGUGUGAGCCAGAAAUAACGUCAUCUCAGUCGGUGCACGGCGUCGUUUCGGCUGCUAGCACAGCUCCCGGCUUUUUUUUGACUGCGAAAGAGUUUAUCUCUAUAGACGUCUCUAUGCUCCUUCAUUAACAACAUUAAUGGCAUUCUGCAGGAAACUGUGGAAAAACCUCGGCAACUGGUUUGUCAAGGCAAAGAAGCGUGCACAAGCCUGAAGUGGUGCUCUUGAAGGAAAGAAAGCUUGUGCCAUAACUGUUCUAUUUGUGUUUCCUCUUCUUCUUCUUUGCCUUUAUACGGUGGUAUGGUUAUACUUUUCUCUGUAGCGACAAAACUGAAUCACAGCGCCUCAAAGGGCAGAUAUCAUGUUGACGUGACAGUUGGCGUGCGCAUUUACCAAUCAGUCUAGCAUAACCGUAGUUUAACAGUGCCCCCUACUGUCGAUCAAGAUUUUAAUCACAUCGACGCAAACAAAAGGAUGAGGACCCACUCACAAAAACAUCAUUCCACAGCGCCUCUACUGGUCAAAAACGUAAAAGCGCUCCUUUAAUUUGGGUGUUUCAGUACACAAAGAAACUUUUUUCAGAAUGUCUUGGUUAAGUUGAAGUUUAGCUCACCUCAGCGUACAACCAAACAGAAUCCAUGCAGAUCAGCACGUCUCGCGUUACACAGCGGUCACCAGGGGAUGAACGACGUGCACGACGCGCGUCUCAAACCAAAAGAAAACCACCACAAUCCAGUUGGAUCUCUGAACCCACAGCGUCUGUUCCUUUCGGCUCAGCAGACCUGACGCUGCUAGAUGGCGACCAUGAUGAUGACGAUAACUUUUUCGGUGCGAACCAACAAAAAUCUGUUUAUUCUUGUCUGACUAUUAUGAUAGAGCGAUGGGAUAAGGAGAGAGGGUGGAAAAAAAACUGAAAAAAAUUAUUUUAGCAAUAUUUUCAUUCUUUCAGGAUAAUCUGUGUUUUUCGGGGGUUAAACAAGAAGUGGGUGUCACACUCACACGUUUACCCCCCGCACUCGUUUUUACUCCUGUUGCGUCCUUGAUAUUCACAUUGUCUUAAAGGUACUUUCUGUGUACAUUUAUUUGAUGAAAAAAAUGAUUUUUGCUUUGUAAUUAUGUUGUUUAUUUUUUUGGUUUUUGUAUGAUCUUGUUCAUUUUGUGGAAAACUGAUACUGAUGCUAUUUAUUUUCUAUUUGAUCAGGAAAUGUAACCUUAUUUGAAGAUGAAGGUCAGGUUGUGUGUGUGUGUGCGCAUGUGUGUGUGUGUGUGUGUGUGAGAGAGUGUUGGUGUGUAACCAGUGAGUGAGUCGGCGAGCCGGAGAUGUGUGUAGAUCGAGCGAUAGAGAACGAUCUCUAUCCUUGUCUCCUUCCUGAAAGACAGGGUUUGAAUCCGAAUGUAUCGUUAAACUAAUCGAUUGUUUUUUAAUCGCCUGAGACGCAGAGGCGCCCGUCGGCUGCUUCAUAAACCAAACGUUCAAAAACUCUUUCAGACCAGCAGUUUUUUCCAAAACGCUCACCUCACAUCACGCCUGAGUCGACGAGGUUUUGAAAUCCAUUGAAGUGGCAGCCCUCAGUUUGGCAUGCAAAGUUUUAUUUAGCUGUUAGUCAUCGAUUCAGAAAUUCUUAUCAUGCACGUUUUAAGCUUGGUUGACUUGUUCUGGUGAUAUCCGGCUGUGGUUACACCUAAUCUGCCACUGCGCCCUCAUACACAAUUGUUUCAUGCUAUUUGCAGGUAUGUCAUGCAGGUUACAUCAUGCAGGUUACGACUUUUGACAAAAAACAAAUAUUGCCAAAUUUAAAUUGUUGACCUUGGAAAAUGCUCAUCAGGGGAUGUCAUGGUGCUCAUCAGGGGAUGGAGUUAAUCCAUCUCCAUGACAACUGGACAAACACAUCUGCUAAUGAAAACAAUCUGAUUGAAAGCUCUGCAGAAAAUCCUGAAAUUGGAGUCAGUGUUAAGAUUUUUAUUUUACACAUAUGAUACAGAUUCCCAGGAUUUAGACUCAUCACUUUUUUUGAAAAGGCAGCAGUGCCUGUUCUAGUUGGGGACUGAACUUCAAAAAUACUCCAAAAAAUUGAAGAAAAUCAGGAAAACAAAAUAAAUUUGUGUGAAAGAAAAAAAAGGUCUUGUUUUGAUCAACUUAACCCACAGUUUGGGAACCACGUAGGCCUGUUUUCUCUAAGUACCACAAUGAUGUAUGCUGAUGGAUUAGGUGUAACCACAGCCUCAUACCAGAGAACACCUCCAAACCCACGUCUGUAGACACCGUAAACCAAACCUUUCCAUUUACUUGGAUUUCAAUAAUUGUUUUGAUUCAGGCAACAAACAAAAAAAAGCUACAAAAAAAAGAAAACACAACCGAAAAGAGACAAAACGUGACCUCACUGUCAUAAAACUGAGCUUGUUUUAUUUUCUUUUGGCUAAAGCUUAUUCACAAACCCUCUUGAUUGUUAUUGUCAGUCAGUCUGCUGACUCGUGGGGGGAAAAACUGAACCCCAGCUCCCACUGUUUUAGAAAUCUCAGUGAUAUCGAUAUCAAUAGUAGGCCUAUUCCUCAGUUCUGGAAAUUCCGUCGUCCAUUUUAGAGCCACUCCAGAACAGGAAGCAAGAGAAAAGAGAGUGCGUAGAGAGCUCUGGUCGUCCGAUCGCCGUCAGACGACAUUUCCUUCCUGUUUAAAAACUUUAAAUCAGAGAGGAGGUGCGACUGGAUUCGAUGAAAGCAGCCGGUAAAGAUUAAAACGCAGAGGAGAGCGACAGAGGAAAGACAAGACAUAAAGUUAAACACAAUAGAAUGGCAAUAAGUCAGAGCAACAGUAACAAUGGAAAUGUGAUGUUACCGAAAACCUACAACCGCAUUACGUAGCAAUUUCACUCAAUUUCUAGAUUUGCACUGUCUGCCCAAUGGUCUGUAUUUGUUGUGAUGAAGAAAAAGCUUAGGGAAGAUGCAGGAGAAGAAGAAGAAGAUGUAUAUUUUGGGGACCAACACAAUGGCGGGGGGGUUUGAAUGUAGAGAGGCUUACUACUGUAGUAACAUUACAGGGGGUGUAGAAUGGAGGGGGAAAAAAACUAUGUGCUAAAAAUGAAACUUCACUUUGAGAAAA